CUGACUCUGGUGAAUUCUCUCACCCUCCCGCGCUUCUGACUGUACCCAGUGCUUGCAUAAAUAAAUAAAUAAAUAUUAAAAAAAAAAAAAAUCUUGGGAAGGCAGCAAGAUUGUCAGCGAAGGUGAUGUGGCUGAAUGUCUCAUCCACCUCAGGGCUCUGGCCCCAACCUCCCAGGCCCCCUUCCUGUGGUAAAGCCCAGCCUGCUGGCUAGAGAAAGGCAGGGCUCAGCAGCGGAGAAGGGCAGGAGGCUCAGAGGAGCAGGUGACCCCAAAAACUGGAACAGCACCUCCCACAACAAUUCAGAAGCUGAUGCUCUCCACUGGGAGCAAGCCAUCACCAUCACAGUCCAGCUUCUCUGGUCUGUCUCCUCUUGAGUCUCCGGCCUCUAGGGUUUCUCUGAUUUAACAUCCACACUGCCUCAAGGGGUGUGUGUGGGGUGUGUGUGUGUGUGUGUGUGUGUGUGUGUGUAGAACUAGGGUGUAGGCCAGAGGUGCAGGAGGUGAGAGGAUUCACCAGAGACAGAGUGGGAAGCAGAACAGGCGGAUCUGCUGAGAUACACUGCUGAGGGGAGCAGCAGGUGAGACAGGAGAGGUCUGCUGCGCCUUGUGGGUAGCUCCCUGGCAGGCGGGAGUGAAUUCAUGCUGCAGUGGCUGUGGAUAGCUUCAUAGGUUGCGUCUUAGCUCCUUGUGCCACCAGGGAGGCCCUUCUGUAAAAGUGUUUUGUUCUUUUAAUUUUAUUAUUUUUUAUUUUAUACAUUUUUUAAACAAAGUUAUUUAUUUAUGCAUACAAGAUCUGGGGCACAGGCCAGAGAUGCGGGGGGUGAAGAGGAUCCACCAGAGACAGAGUGGGGAACAGAACAGGCAGACUGAUUGAAAUACACUGCUGACAGGAGCAGCUGGCAAGACAGGAGAGGUCUGCUGCGCCAUGUGGGUUUCUCCCUGGCUGGCCGGGGAUCGAACUUGUGCUGCAGAGGCUGUGGAUUGCUUCAUAGUGCGGUGCUUAACAUGUUGGGCCACCAGGGAGGCCCUAUUUUAUACAUUUUUUACAUCAUUUUUCAUUUCCGCACAAUGUAUGCAUUUUCAUCUUGGUUCUAGUCCCCAUACAAUUCCCACCCCCUUUGUUUUUGAUCCUACUCCCCACCCCCGCCAGUAGUGUGUCUCUGGUUUAUAGUUGCUUGUUGAUUUUUUUUUAAAGAUUAUUUAUUUAUACAAGCACUGGGUACAGUCAGAAGUACGGGAGGGUGAGAGAGUUCACCAGAGCCAGAGCGGGGAACAGAACAGGCAGACGGACAAAAUACACUGCUGAGGGGAGCAGUGGCUGGGGAUGGAACCGGCGCUGCAGAGGCUGCGGGCAGCUUUGCAGCCCAGCGCUCAACCGCUGUGCCGCCAGGGGAGGCCCUUGCUUGUUGAUUUUGAUUUUUACUUUAUUAUAACUAUGUUUUUUCCUGGUCCCUUAUUUAGGUUUUCUAAAUUUCUGCUAAACUUCUCUAGUAAUGAACUAUAGAAAUGAUUCCCGAAAGUAUAGUCUUUUGUAAAAGUUUUUUAAUUAACAGAAAACUAUGCAAAGAGGCAAGCUGGAAGCAGAGACCCCUAAUCUUUUGCUAGUGCGGUGGGCCCCUGCCUGCGGAGGGAGCCUUGGGAACCUAGUGAAUGAAGAGGGAGGACGCAGCCUGCCCUCCGUGCACAGGCUGGGACAGAAGACGGGGCCGCACCCAGCUCUGUUCCCCACCUCUGAGCCUCAGUCUCUUCGUGGUGGGGGGAAGGUCUCCUACCGCACAGGUCUGCUGGAGGAUUGAAGUGUCUCACGGCCUUCCGUGCUCCAUGGACACCCUCUGGCACUACCAGUUCCGCAUCAUCCUCCUGGGAGACUCGACUGUCGGCAAAUCGUCCUUGCUGAGACGCUACACGGAGGGCAUCUUUUUGGAGGGUGUCAACCAGACAGUGGGUGUGGACUUCUCUGUGCACUUCAUGGAGGUCGAGCCUGGGGUCCAGGUGAAGCUCCAGUUCUGGGACACGGCAGGCCAGGAAAGGUUCCGGUCAGUGACUCGCUCCUAUUAUCGGAACUCAGCUGGAGGCCUUUUGCUGUUUGAUAUCACCAACAGAGCAUCCUUCGAGAGCAUCACCCGGUGGCAUCAGGAGGCUCUGGAGAAAGUGAAACCUUUCAACAUCUUCUUCCUGGUGGUAGGUCACAAGAGUGACCUGGAGGCUGAGCGACAGGUGAUGGCAGAGGAAGGGGAGAAGUUGGCCGCAUCUCUGGGUACUCGCUAUGUCGAGACCUCAGCCAAGAGUGACAGCAACAUCAGCACAGCCUUUGAGCUGCUCAUUCAAGACAUCUAUGAGGCUGUGAAGAGGGGGAUCAUGGAGCCACACUCAGAAUGGGAGGGAGUGAAAAGCAGAGUCCAUCUCAGGCCAAGCUUCAAGAAGCAGAGGAGCAAAGCAGGGCAAGGUGGAUGUGCCUGUGCUGGCGACCCCUGGGUGAACAGCCACAUCCCCUGAAGCCCACAAACCCUUCACGAUCCACAAGGGCCAUACUGGGCACAGGACAGGAUGAUGCUAAGUGCCACUGAAGGUCAUGACCCUGAGGUCUCUAGAGGCCUGGCUUCCUCUGCACCAUGGUGAAAAAUACCUCCAUCAGGGACAGCAGCAACUAAGGACAGGCAGCUGCACAGACAGGCCUUUCCCCAAGGCUACUGACAUCCUUUCUUAGGGUCAAGGAUGAAUACAACUUUCUCCAAGAGUUCCAGAAGAACAGGUCAAAAGAGGUUUUGCCAAAACCAGGAUCCCUCUUCAGUCUGGGGUUCAUGCUAGAAGGUUACCCUGGCCAAUCUUUAUGCAGAGAAACUGGACUCAAAACGCCUACUGAUGGAAGGAAUGGCCUUCCUUGGAGUAAAAUAAUGGAAAAUCCCUGGGUUUCUUCCUCAAUCACAAAAUUAACAAUGGUGCUGCCACCUGCUGACUACAGAGCCACAUCCAGUCUUGCUUGUCCUAACUCCCUGUGGCAUUUCAAAGGCUGUGAGCCAUGUACCCUCUAACUUUCGAUUAAUAACUUUUUUAUUCUGGAAAAGCAAAUGAAAGUCAUAUUCAUAUAAACACUGACAUUACAAAGUACAGGAGAGAGGGGAAGGGAGAACGAAACAGAAAACUCUACAAAUCCUGCUAAUACUGUCUCACCAAACAAGACCAUAAUGCUUUGUCCCAUAUUCAAUCACUUAUAUAAUAAACCAGAAAUAAAAUCUUCUCUGGAAGAUACAUUGCUCCUCUUUGAGACGGCAGGGAAAAGGGACCGGAAGUUGGGGUAGGAGGCUUUAUUCUUUUGGCAGAUCCUUUCAGUCAUUAUAUUGCUGCACUGUUAAUAAAAAAUAUAUGCUUCUCUGUCAAGCAUUAAAAAAAAAAUUCCAAGGAUGAGAUGGCUGAGGUUUCAGCUCAAGUAUCUCCAAAUACAUUGUUGUCCAUUCCCUGACCUUUCCAUGUGUUAUUUCUUGGUCGUUUUCCGGAUCAAUGCCAUUCUCUGAAAGGAGAGAGGAAUAACCGAUUACACAGAUUAAGGUCAGGAGCUUUCUGGAACACCCAUGUGUGGCUAGCAGGCAGCAUGUUCUUCACCACAAGGUGGAGUUCUCAGGAACCUACCGGACAGGGCCGCAGACUACUUUUAACCUGAAGACAGUCUGCUGCCCAGAGAUGCCUGGAUAGACCAGUGGAUCCACAUUGUAGACCAAAAGGGCCAA